AUGGGCCAUAAAGACACGUUUGUGCCUUUAGAUGAAUACCCAGAAGUCGUGAGUAAGCCUAAAACUAAAGGAAUCAAAGGACAACUGCUUAACAAGUUUAAGGUUUGCAAAACUUAUAUAUUGUUAUAGUUGAGCUUGCAUACGUUAUAGUUUUUUCUUCUAAUAUAGGUUUUCACUUUUUAUAAACACCAAAGCGUUCUAAUAUUCCUAUAAAAAUUUUUCUUUUUUUUUAAUUAAGUAUUACAGAAUAUACAAACUCGGUUUGCGCGAGACCAGCCUGAACCCAUUCUCCGUGCACCGCUAGCCAAGCCAGAAGAAAGCCGAGAAUGUUCUAUUGUCUCAGGCUAUCAUCAGAUCGAAAAUCAAAAGCAACACGACGCAAAAGACCGACGAUCUCCAUUAACAAAGUUAAAGCAAAAGUUACUUUUAAAAGAUGACAAUUUACAACUGAAAGUUGACUGUAUGAGAACUGAUGAGCAAAGAUCCAGAUUCAAAAAUUUCCAAUCAAAAUCAAUGGAUAAUGACAGUUCCACCGACGAUUAGUAGGCCAUUUUUAUUAUUUUUUUCAUUAUUAAAAAAGCUUGACCGUCCCUAUGCGGAAUAAGUCAUCCCCACUGAAUAAGUCACAGCUAGACUGGUAUAAUUUCUUUAACUUUUUAAAAGAUGUGUGUAAGAUAGUCUAAACGUUUAAACUAUAUUAAAGCAUAUUCUUUUUCUAUUAUGUUUUCAGCACCGAGAUACCGAUCGAUAUGUCAAUAAAAAGCUCACCUGUAGUUCCGCAACGUUUGACAAAAAUGGACCAGCCUCGUCAUCAUUCUUUAAGCAAAAUUCCCGGUAAAAGCCGGGUGAUGGAACAAAAAAUUUUGUCUGGAUCUUAUCAAAUUCGGGUUGUGAAACGUCCAAAAUCUUUGGAUUUGGAACGUCGGAUUGUUCAUUCUUGGCACAGCCAAAUUAGCAGAAUGACAGAAAAUUCGGUUCAAGAUUACAGGUAGGCAUAAUUUAAAAAAACUUGCAAUUUAAUAUCUCUAUUAAUUUUCUAUAUAUUUUAAUUUAAAAUAUAUAUAAGCUUAAUGCUAAAAAUUACAAUCUGAAAACGUAAAUAGAAACAAUGUCAUGCUGUAAUUUUGACAAAAAGAAAGGCCAGUUAUGUUUCAGAGAUGGUAUUUUUGAAGAUUUUUACGAUGAUGAAGUUGAAGAAAAAUUGCUCAAAAUUGAACUACCAAAGAAACAGGAAAAACCAAUGACAAAAAAAGCAGAUCGAAAGUUGGAAGACUUAAAAGAAGAAUACGAACCGGACGAACAAUUUGUGGAUGUUUCAAUUAGAAAACCUGAAGAGAAAUCGAUUUUUCGGUUAAAUUUGAGGCCAUUGGAACGAGUUAAUUACGAGUUAAUUAUUCAACAUAACCCCGUUAAGAAAAAACAUGAAAUAUUCAAUCACAAUAUAAUUGAAAACUUGAAUAACGAUAAAACUUACAAUGUCAGUAACAACCAAAAUUGUAAUAUCCAUAAUGACCAAAACUACAACAAUCUUGAUAAACAAAACGCUCUACCUAAUAAGCCAAAACCUCCACCAAAACCAAAAAUACUUUUACUGAAAAAGUCUACCGAUUCUUGUGAUUGCCCAGAAGGUGAAAAUAUCAUCAGAAAUGGCAGAACUAAAAACAUAGACAAUAAGCAAGUGAUUUGCAAGGACAACGCAUUUGUUGUCGAUAAUGCUGUUGAUGAUAUAAAUUACAAUGAUGAUGAAAUUAAUAAUGAAGUAGUUGUCAUAACUCAACACGACGAUAAAACGAGCCAACUUAGCAAUCUGGAAAACACAGAAGACGAUGUGGAAAGUAAACUGUACGAUUGCAGUCAUAGUCAAGCAUGUUAUUCUAACUUUUCCACAAGAACCAGAACAAAUAGUGAAUGUUCGAGUAUUGUUAGCGCUUUGGUAAAUACAAAUUUAUUCCCAUAAAUUUAAAAAGCUACUUUAAAACAUUCAAAAUUUUUUUUUCAAUUACUCUUCUAAUUUUAAUUAGUUUUAACAUAAUUUAAACAAUUUUAAAAAUAAUAUGCCUUGCAGCCAGAGUCUGAGUUAGAAGAAAGUGGUUGGAUUCACAGUCGUCCGAUUGUUCAAACAAGAUUAAUAAAACAAGAUUUAAACAAGUUUUACCCUCGUAUCUUACCCUAUGGUAUGUUGUUACGUUGUGGAAAAGGGUAUGUAAACAUACCUGCAACAGAAUAUUUUGUUAUUUGGAGCAACGGGUACAUUGCAAUUGGUAUUUUAAAAGAGCUACAAUUUUACGAAGGUUGGUUUAUGUGUGUUCGAUAGCAAGCAACUUUUUAUUGAACUUGAUCAACUAAAAGUCCUCUGCUUUACGUAUAAAAAAUUUAAAAAUUCGCAUUGCAAAAAUUUUAGGCCAACCAGUUACUAUCCAACUCGGCAACUUUUAUUGUAAGAAAGCGGCCCAACUUUACGUAGGAUGUACCAUACUUGUAAACAGGUACAGCAUUGUCAAAGUCAGUGGAAAAGUUCAGAAAUUAAUAGCGCCCGAUUCAAUCACUUUCGAGGAUCUCGCCGAUUCUACCGGUAUUUUAUAAUAUCAAAUUUACCAUUUUUUAAUCCAAAAUUCAAUGUGCCAUUUAGUUUUUCCCAAAAAUUUACAAAUAACGUUUUAUAACGUAAUAAAAAAUAAUUGCAGGUAUACCAAAGCCUCAAGCAUUCGCAAUAAAAUGGUCGUGUAGCCAUGAAACUGCUCAGCGACCUCCAAUCUUACGCCAUUUAGGAAAAAUUGUUGAAUUCAGAUAUUCCCAACGUCACAACGGUAAAGGAUUCCGUUUGUUCGGUGUAGUUGUUGACACGGAAACCAAUCACACCUACUUUGUAAAAGACGACGCUUUCCCUGGAUAUAUCGACGGUAUGAGUAUUUUGUAA